ACACCGCACGCGUACGUACCAAACCCACGCCGCCACCCAACAGACGCCACGGACCCACGCGCCAGACGGCGCCGACUCCAGUCCCCCCCCCCUUUACACACGGCCCAUCGCCAUUGGUAGUGCAUGCCAAGCGCGACACGUAUCUACCCGUCACCACACCCCUCCCUAAGCGUCAUGCCCAAGACCGCUGCCAAACGACGAGGAACGAACCGCCACCGAGACAAACCAAGGAACAGGAACAAGGUCGAUCUUUCUUCUUCGUAUCCCCGACAGCCCUCGGACUUGUCUGAUCACCCAUCACCAUCGGGGGCGUCGACCUCGUUGCCGGAGUCGUCUCGCGGAGACCCCUCGCUCCCGCCGCUGCCCAAGUCCUCAGGCCGCCGCGCGCGCCGUCAUCACUCCAACUCGGACUCAGACUCGGACUCGGACUCGGACUCGGCGUCGGCCAUGGAAUCUGGCUCGAGCUCACCGCCGCCUGAGAGCAAAUACGACAAAAGCGAGGAUGAGUCCAAGACUGCGGCUCAUGGCUCGCGGCAAUGGCACUCGGCAUCGAGCAGCUCUGGAUCUGGCUCGGACUCGAGCUCACGGUACGACAACGACGCGCUGCUGCGCAAGUUUGAGCGCGGCUCGCUGGGCAUGGUCGACUAUCGCAACGACAACGAUCUCAUGCAGCGCGGGCAUUGGUCGCUGUGGCUUGCGCACAUCAUGACUAUUGUGUUUGGCAUCAACGCGCCUUCGGCGCUCUGGCGAGUGUACUCGCUAACCAUCGCUGCGGCCGUAACCACGGUCACCGUCGUGCAGAUAGUGUCUCUCUUCUCCGACUUUUCCGAUCUUGAGCAUGGAAUCAUUGUCCUCCUUGCUGCGCUCUGGUACCUUCUCAACAUGCUCACAGCUUGGUCGUUUGCGCUUCGCUUUUGGGGCCACACCGGGUGGCUGUUUGGCAUGUGGAAGGCAAUGUGGCAGAGCGAGGCCGACGUCUGCCGCUCGCACCACCGCUUGCGGUUGCUCAUGCCGGCCGUGAUAUUUGGCGUUGUUGCCAACUUGGCGCUUACUCUUGCUGCACGAUGGUUUGGCUUGCAGCGUGAUGCGCAGUCGGUCUUCCGUGAGAUGUUCGUUCUCUCGUCGAACGGGGCGCAGGUUGUCUUUACCGUCAUCCACGUCUUUGCCACCGGUAUUUUCCUCACGCCGCUGGCCCUCUUCUUUGACACCGCCGUCUCGCUCACCCGCCGCAUUCAUUGGCUUCAGAAAAAGGUGUUUCGCGAUGAAAAGUCACUCACCGAGCUCGUCGACGAUUUUAGCGAGCUCUCGGUCCACGCCAUGCUGGCAAACAAGCUGUUCGGCCCGUGGCUCACCUGCAUCUUUGCCGUUCAGAUUCCGCUCGUUGCCAUCUGCCUUGUCUCUCUUCUCUCGUACACGUCUCUGGACGGCCUCACUAUCUCGGUCCUUGCGCUCUGGCUUGUUGUCAACACGGUCCUUACCUUUACCGUUGCUUUCAUUUCGGCCAAACUCCACGCAGACACCGAGGCCACCAUCCACAAGAUCGCGCUGCAUGUGGCAUCGGGCCGUAGUAGUAGCCACCGCUCGGAGUUUAUGUUCUUUACCGCCUCGAUCAGCGCCCACGAGAUCGGAUUUCGCGUCGGCGGCUCGGUCCUCAUCACUUUUCACGUCAUGACCAAGGUCAUUUCUUUCAUCGGAUCGCUCUACCUGCUACUCGUUGGCUUUCGGGCACAGUAGACUGCUGCUGUUGGCGACCGGCGCGGCGCCGGCGCGACGCGCGCGCGUGAGUAUCAGCUGGCUCGCGCUGUGCGAUGCUGGCAGCAAGGCGGGGCAUUUACUGGAAACAUAGCGACAGGUGUCACCAUGGCCGAUGCGGUCGGAGGCACGACGUCAUUGCGGUACCCCAACGGACGAGGGAGGUAGCUACGAACGAGCCAGGACCAGGACAACGACUGUCAGCAAAAGAAGCAAAUGGUAGAUGAGAAGUCGACGGAACGAGUGGUGGGUAAAGUGGACUGUGGGAGA